UUAGGGGAAAUGGACAAGAUAUCCGGAGUAUAAAGGAAUUGGUAGAAUAUCGGAGGAUUAAGAGGAUGUGAAGUGAUAUAGUGUGGAUUAAAAUGUUUUUGAGGGAAAAGGGGGAUUACCCCUAAUAUCCCUCUCAAUCCCUUCAAAUCCUCAAUAGCCUUCUAAAUCACUGAUAUCCCUUGAAGCCACCCCUAAUCCCUUCUUAUAUCCCUAGAUAUACUCUUUAUCCCAUGAAUCCUUCCAAAUCCGUUUAAUCCGUCCAAAGUGUGACGAUUUUCACCUUUUUGGACUAUCAUCUUUCGCCGUUCGCUGCUGAAUAAAAAAUUACAAUUUGUACUACUUCUGAUUUGAAUAUACUGUAGCAGUUUAAAUAAAGUAUAAAAGCGAAAUGCCAAAAUACUAUUUCUCUUCUGUUUUUAGGUUUAGACGUUACAGACACGUUUUGUCAGGCGAGAUUUUUAUUUUCUUUAUUUAUUCAUAGGUUAAUUUCGCAGCAAUACUACACUGUCCAAGGGAUGAUCGUCAAUCCGAUGGACAAUAUCGGUUCGUACAUUACCACACAAGGCGCUUCAAUCCUUUCUCGGGAUGGAAAUUAUUCAACCGGAUAUAAUGCUACAAUUCCAUUGGGCAUAAAUCCGCAGCCUCUCUACAUUCAAAAUCCAGCUUCGGUUACUACGGGUCAUCAUCAAUUUGCCUCUCCACACAACUUUUCUUUGGUGCCGCAAAAUUCGUUGCCUACUCCAAUUCAUAUCAAAACGCGGGUAUUUGUGCCGAAUCAGAUUGUUGGUAUUCUUAUUGGGACUAAGGGUCAGACAAUCAAGAGUGUUAUAGCGGAAUGCGGUGCCAUUAUAAGGAUUGAAGGUGAUCGUGAUCCGACUCCAUCUUCCUCUUCGGUUCAUCAAAACACAAAUAAUUCUGUCGCUGCCAGCCAAGAAAAUAGUUAUAAUAACAACACCAAGAGCACAACUACUUGUGUUGAAGAUCCUUCUGUUAUUACUAGUGAUCAUCAUUCUCAAGAGGUUGGUGAUAACGCUGGUGAUAAAACUUCGAAUGGUCCGAUUGUGGCGCCUGCAGCUGUUGAUUCUUUGGAAACUUGUGAAGAGGUCACUAUUACUGGUCAUGCCAAUGGUGGGCACAAAAAGAAUAAUAUCGUUGCUGGACAUCCACCAGGUCCAGAUCAACGAGGAGUGUUCAUUUCUGGAUAUGACUUUCAAGUUUCUAGGGUUUGCUUUUCAUUUAAUUUACGAUUUAAUUUUUAUCCUUAUUAA